UCAACACUAUUUGCAUAAGGUGCUAAAAGGGGAGCUGACAGAGCAGGGCAGUUGAUACUGGAAAGUGGACACAGGAAGGAGGACCAAGAGCUGAUACAGGAAGCUAUCACAAACACAGCCUCUGAGCACACACCCACUUACACACACACACACACACCUGUGACUCCAGCAGAGUAUUCAUUCAGACCGGUACAGAGAAGGACCUUGGCCUGAACAGAGGCACAAUUAAAACACCAAACUCCCUGCCGGCAUUCCAGAAGUCAGUUGACUUUGACUCCAGAAAAAUGCAUUUUGGAGUGGAAAGGGAGUAAGCUGAGCCCAGAGAGAUAGAGAGGAUCAUCUGACAUCUUCUUCAGUUAACAGAUAAUUCAGAAGUUAAGGACAGACCAAGAAGAGGAAAGGAAAGGGCAGACAAGUCUAAAGGAGAUUCAACAAAGGAGAGGGUAGGCUUAUAUUUCCGAAGAUGGAACAGUCUCCGCAGUUUUGGCACAUGCAGGUCGCCCCCCAGGACACUGCUGGAGAGCUAAAAAAGAAGGUGUCAGCCGUGGGCCAGCCUGAGUGCUCCAUCUGCUACAACACCUACGACAAUGUCUUCAAAACCCCCAAGCUGCUGGAGUGCACCCACACCUUCUGCCUGGAGUGCCUCUCCCGCCUCAUGGCAGUCUCGGUGGCUGACCAUGACAGUGACAGCGCCAGCACUCGCCUCUCUUGCCCCUUCUGCCGUCACCCCACCACGCUGCCUGAGGAGGGACCCCCGGCCCUGACAACCAGCCGCGAGGUCCUCUGCAAGUUGCCCAGCCACCAGCAGCAGGAGCAGCCAGUGUGGCUGGAGGGGGAGAAGCUGUGCUACAAAAGCCUCAAGCACGACACCGGUGCAGGGGCCCGUGAUAGUCCCACGGCCUUCUGCGUCUGCAUUGACAUUGGGGCCAGCAAGACAAUGGAUGCUCCGAUCCAGACGCAGCCCCGGACUUUUAGCCUGAUGGGCCGGCUGGCAGACUGGAAGAGGAUGGUGCUUUUCAUCGUGCUCAUGCUGCUGCUUGUUGUAGUUGUGUUGUGGCCAUUGCAGUGUAUGUUCAGCACUGGGAACAUGCGCUGUGAAAGUGUGAAACAACCCGUCAACCCCACUGCCACAACGACAGCUACCACUACUUUCAGCCGGUUCCCAGGCUACCAGGCCGGCCAGAGAUAGGCUAACUUAUAGACUGGACUUCACUGUUACUGAACAUAAUCUUGUAUAUGGCACAUUUGACAUCAACAUUUUUGUGCAUAGUUGCACUUUUGCUUAGUGUAGGCUACAAUGUUAUUGCCACCCACAACUGUCAACACCUCAGGCUCGUUAGAUGUCUGACUUUUGUGCCCCCAAGUGUUGGGUUCAAGCGCGACACUGUGGCAUACUUUACCACAGAGAUUAAACCAUUUUUACUGAA